CCUACUGCCCCCAGCCCCGCCUGUCGGCCGCUCCCAGUUUCGUGCAAGUGGCGUUGCGAGCUAUAAAUUCUCGGAGCCAACGAGACUCAUUUGUUCACCUUUGGGGAGGCGGAAGUAAAGGAAAUACGAGCGACGCAGGUGCUGAGGCGAACGGGGGGAACCAGGUGUAACCUGAGGAGGCGGGCGCGGCUGGCUGAAAGGAGCUCAAUUUUCCUGUGGAACUUGCUGAGCAGCUCGAGAGAAAAGGGGGAGAAAGGGUGAAGCGAAGUCACGGAGAUUUGAGCGUCGAAUCCGCGUUUCGCCCGCACCUGCCUGCGUUGUAGCCUACCUGCUUUCUUAAGACACGGGCAAUGGAAUUGUCUCGUAGGGUUGCCUUCCUUCUGGUAGCGCUGCUGGCGCUCGCCGCUACCGUCUGGAACCAAGAACAAUGCUUAUGUAAGAAGAACAAACGGACAACAGAUUGCUUCCUUAAUAAUAAUGUAUGCUUGUGUAAAUCACUUGGACAUAAUAAAACAGUGAACUGUAGCACAUUGACUUCAAAAUGCCUACUAAUGAAAGCAGAAGUGACUGGCUUAAAAUCAGGUAGAAGGUUAAGACCAGAAACUGCAUAUGUAGACAAUGAUGGCAUAUAUGAUCCAGAAUGUGAUACAAAUGGUAACUUCAAACCAAAACAGUGCAAUGGGACAAACACUUGCUGGUGUGUGAACAGCGCAGGAGUGCGAAGAACUGAAAAGGGUGAUCAAAACAUUACAUGCCAAGAAGUAGUAAGGACAAGCUGGAUUAUUAUUGAAACAAAACAUCUUGAGGGAAAUACAGCCUUAAGUGAAGACUCCAUUAAAGGGACUAUUGGAAAUAAGUUUUCUGAACGUUACAGUUUGGAUCAAAAGCACAUAAAUGUUACGUAUGAAAAACCUUUCAUUAUUGUUGAACUCAAACAAAAUGCUUCAGAUAAAAAGAGUAACGAUGUGGAUAUAGCUGAUGUAGCAUACUAUUUUGAGAAGGAUGUCAAAGGGGAUCCAAUUUUUAAUGAUAACUUUGGUAUCGAGGUUGCAGGAGAACCUCUUCAAUUUGAGAACACAGUAAUUUACUAUGUUGAUGAAAAGCCACCAGAGUUUUCAAUGAAACGUUUGACAGCUGGAGUUAUUGCUGUAAUUGUGGUUGUAGUAUUGGCAAUAGUUGCUGGUAUUCUUGUACUGAUAUUUACCCGAAGAAAGAGGGGCAAGUAUGAAAAAGCUGAGGUAAAAGAAAUGAAUGAAAUGCACAGAGAACUAAACUCAUAACAGCUGUAACCUGAAAUGGAAGAAGAAUAUGAAAACCUGAAAUUUCCCAACUUUGGAAUACCAGAACUGAUCAUCCUUCCACACUACAGCUUGCUUUUAUCCAUCGUUUUUAUAAAUCUUAAUACUAUAAUUUAGGGUAUGGACAUUUAUUUUUGCUGAUAUUUUUAAACAGUUGAAGCAGAAUAGGUUUCUAUGUAACAUACAAUUUUUCAAAUAUAUCUGUCAUCUGUACUGUAAGCCAUUUAGAGCGUGCAGCACAGAAUGUUCAAGAUUAAUAUUCCUUCAGCAUGAAAUAUUUAGUGUCAGUAUUCAUGCAUUUUAAGUAUUAUGUUUAAUGUGCAUAUGUACAGGUGGUCCUCGGUUAACAACCACUCAUUCAGUGACUUCAAAAUUACAGUGGCACUGAAUGAGUAGUACUUAUGACUGGUCCUCGAAGUUCUGCCCAUCCAGCACCCUUGUGGUCAUAUGACUGUGAUAUGGCUUGCUUGGCAACCGGCUCACUUAUGACAGUUACAGUGUCCUGCUGUUAUGUGAUCGCCAUUUGUGACCUUCCCUGCUGGCUUCUCACAAGCAAAGUCAAUGGGGAAGCCAUCAGGGAAGGUGGUAAGUCUCCCCCACUCUGCAGCAGCCACCCCCAGCCUUGCCAUGCUUGCUGGCCCCUUGUACACCCUGCAGCAACCACCCCAUGCCCUGCAAGCCCAUUGCAGAUCCUCCUGCUCCCUGCAGCAGGAUCCCAAGCCCUGCUGCACUCACGCUGGUCCCUUGCACACCAUCCUGCACUAGCCACCCCAAGCCCUACCACAAUCGCACUGCACUGGCCCCCCGGCACCCUGCAGCAGCCACUCCAAGCCCUGCUGUGCUCACAUUGGCCCCAACACACCCUGCAGCAGCUACAUUGAGCCGUGCUGUGCUGCAUUGGCCCCUCCUGCACCCAGCUGCCACUUACCUGCCCGCCAGCCUGCUUGCGAGCUGCCUGGGCCUUGCAACUUACUGCCGGCUUCCCCACUGACUUUCCUUGUUGGAAGCUGGCAGGAAGUUGCGAUGAGAUCCUUGCUUACAACCCACAAUCCUCACUUAGCAACAUGGAGUGCCAGGAGUGCCAUCGCUAAGCAAUGCAGUGGUGUGAUAUUGCACUUUAUGACCGUAUUGCUUAGUGAUGGAAAUUCUGGUC